AGGGCCGGGCAGGGCCGCGGGGCAUGACGGGAGCGGGGACGCCGGGCGGCGCCGGGACCCCCCAUGAGGGCGGGCGGGACCCCCGGGCAUGGGGUCGCCGCAGCUCCGGCUCCGCUGCCGGUGUCCUGGGGGGCGGCCCGAGCUCCUGGGCCGUUUCCCCCGCGCUGGCCGGGUGCAGCGGGGAGCGGCGCUCUGGCCGCGACGCUGACGGCGGCGGCCUCCCCACGCAGGUCGAGCCUAGACGGCCCUGGCAGGGCGGGCAUGGAGGAGAAUGCGGUGGAGAGCAGCAGCGACGCGGCCCCGCAGGAGGCCCGGGAGGAGCCCUCCGAAAGCGGCCUGGGCGUCGGGAGCUCGGAAGCCGUGUCGGCAGACAGCAGCGACGCCGCCUCGGCCCCCGGACCCCUCUCCCGUGCCGAUGAGUCCGCCGUGGGCCAGAGCUCCGACAGCAGCGGGGUCUCAUUGGAAGAGGUGUCGGAGAGCAGCUCCAGCACAGAUGCCAUUCCCCGGGUUUACCUGCCAGAUUCAUCCUCCAUUGCCCAGUCCACCUUAGUUUCCAGUGUCUCCACUGUGAGCCAGUCCAUCAUGGUGUCAGAGUCUCCCCAAGUCCUUGUCCACUCCAGCGUCAUCACGGACGGCACCACGAUCGUCUCGGACUCCACUGCCUCCACUUCCUCGGACCUGGGCUCUGCCAUCGACAAAAUCAUUGAGUCCACGAUCGGCCCUGACAUCAUCCAGAGCUGCAUUGCUGUGACCAGUGCAGAGGAUGGUGGGGCAGAGACUACCCAGUACCUCAUUCUGCAAGGGCCUGAUGAUGGUGCCCCCAUGGUGUCCCAGAUGGCCACCUCUGCUCUGGCCAAUAGCUUGGCAAUUGAAGCUGUUGCUGAUGGACCUACCUCUACAUGCCUUGAUCAGCCUGGCCCUUCAGACCCUGCUGAGCAGCUAGAGGUACUGGAGCUGCCCACGCAGCCAGAUCAGGCCCAAGAAGCAGAUGGUGGGGAGGAGCUGGACCAGCCAGACAUGGAGACUUUGGAGGAGAUGAUGGAGGUGGUGGUGGUGCAGCAGUUCAAGUGCAAGAUGUGUCAGUACAAGAGUGUCUCUAAGAAGACCCUAAUCAACCACAUGAAGGAGCGGCACUUCCAGCCAGUGGGUUCAGCACUGGCUUUGAAGAAAGGACGCCCACGGAAGGGGGGAGCAGCUCCAAAGAGCACAGAGCAGGAAGCCCCUGAAGAAGAGGAGGAUGAUGAUAUCAUGGAUGCUGGUGCUAUUGAUGACCCUGAAGGUAGGACUCAUCCUCCCCAUUUCUUAGGUAGCUUAGUCUCCUCCCAGUCUCUCUCUGACGUUUUGGGCCACUUCCCUGCAGAGGACAGUGACUAUAACCCAGCUGAGGAUGAGCCUCGUGGGCGCCAGCCCAAGUACAGCCGCAGCAUCCCCACGUCCAGCGAGGAGAGGCCACGACGGCGCCCGGGGAGGCCCCGCAAGUUUCCUCGUCUGGAGGACACGCCCCAGGAUGUGCCUGAGGGAGCAGAGGUGGAGCCCCUGGUGACCUCCCAGAGCACGCCGAGCCGCGAGCUGCAGACCGCGGAGGCAGCCAGUUCCUCUGGGCUGGAGAACGGUGCCAGCGAGAGCCUGGCAGAGCCCAGCAUCAGCCAGUCCGACUCGGAGAACAAGGACCCUUCCUCCAAUGCCAGCCUUGAGGAGGCCGACGUCCUCCCCCGGAGGCGAGGGCGGCCCUCCCGCCGCUUCCUGGGCAAGAAAUACCGCAAGUACAUGGGGCGCAGGUACUACUACAAGUCCCCCAAGCCGCUGAUGAGGCCCUACCUGUGCCGGAUCUGCGGCUCGCGCUUCCUGACGCACGAGGACCUGCGCUUCCACGUCAGCUCGCACGAGGCCAACGACCCGCAGCUCUUCAAGUGUCUGCAGUGCAGCUACCGCUCCCGACGCUGGUCCUCCCUCAAGGAGCACAUGUUCAACCACGUGGGCAGCAAGCCCUACAAGUGUGAGGAGUGCAGUUACACCAGCGUGUACAAGAAGGACGUCAUCCGGCACUCCACGGUGCACAGCCGCGACAGGAAGAAGAGAGCGGAUCCGCCCCCAAAGCUGAACUCCUUCCCGUGCCCUGUCUGCAACCGCGUCUACCCCAUGCAGAAGAGGCUGACGCAGCACAUGAAGACACACAGCACUGAGAAGCCACACAUGUGUGACAAGUGUGGGAAGUCCUUCAAGAAGCGCUACACCUUCAAGAUGCACCUCCUGACACACAUCCAGGCCAUCGCCAACCGCAGGUUCAAGUGCGAGUUCUGCGACUACGUGUGCGAGGACAAGAAGGUGCUGCUGAACCACCAGCUGUCACACAUGAAUGACAAGCCCUACAAGUGCAGCUUCUGCAAGUACUCCACCUUCCGCGAGGACUUCCUGGUGUCGCACAUGGCCGUCAAGCACACGGGAGGGAAGCCCUUCGCCUGUGAGUUCUGUCACUUCACCACCAAGCACAAGAAGAACCUGCGGCUGCACGUGCAGUGCCGCCACGCCGACUCCUUCGAGGAGUGGGCUCAGAAGCACCCCGAGGAGCCGCCCUGCCGCCGCCGCCCCUUCUUCACCCUGCAGCAGAUCGAGGAGCUGAGGCAGCAGCACAGCCAGGGACAGGGCCCCGCCGAGCCAGAGCCUGGCCCACCGGCAGCCCAGGCUGUCCCAGGAGCAGAUGCCCCUGUCCUCUCACAGGACUCCCUGGGAGGGGCCACCAUCAUUUACGAGCAGGAUGUGGCUGGAUCAGCUGAGCUGGCCACACAGACUGCCCUGGACCUCCUGCUGAACAUGAGCACGCAGCGAGAGCUGGCCACAGGCUCUCUGCAGGUGGCUGUGGUGAAGCCGAGUGAUUCGGGAGAGGUGCAGGCAGCCUGUGAGCCACCAGCACAGGAGGAGGGGGCAGAGGUGGACCUUGAGGAGCAGCAGCAGCAAAAGUUGGUGACGCUGCACAUGGCAGAGGCUGGGGAGACGCUGGUGCAGGAGGCUUACGAGGAGGCGGCGCUGGGUGGCUCAGAGCUGCAGCAGAUCACGAUACCCUUUGGUGGGACAGCAGAGUACAGCAUCAUCACACCCAUCAGCGAGGAGAUGCCAGCUGCAGCCACCCUCUACAGCGAGGAGGAGAGCCCUGCGGAGACCUCCCAUGCGGUCGUGGUGAGCGAGGCGGUGAUGACAGAGGAUGUUCUGAAGGAGCACAGCGAUCACUACAUCAUGUCCAGCGCUGCGGGGAGCCAGUUCCAGCCGGUGGAGCCCCUCAGCGGGGACGCUGCCUUCCCCCCACCAGCAGAGGGCCCGGAGGCACAGCCCGCCGGCGUCAAGUGGCCCCUGGUGCAGUGUGUCACCAGGCAGCUCCAGAAGGACUCGUCUUUAUCCCCAGCCUCCGAGGGGCAGGAAGUCUCAUCCCCAAAGGUCAAGUGGCCUGUGCUGCAAGGCAUGGCCAAGAAGCUCUCCUGCAAGGUUUCCACAGCCAAGAAGCUUUCGUGCAAGAUUUCCGCAGCCAAAAAGUUCUCAUGCAAGAUUUGCACAGCCAUGUUCACGGGGAGAGCAGAGAUGGAGAGUCACAAGAGAGCCCACAUUGGGCCCAGCACCUUCAAGUGUCCCGACUGCCCCUUCACUGCAGCCCUCUGGCCGGAGGUUCGGAGCCACAUGGUGCAGCACGCCAGCCUGCGGCCACACAAGUGCACCCACUGCAGCUUCGCCUCCAAGAACAAGAAGGACCUGCGCAGGCACAUGCUGACACACACCAAUGAGAAGCCCUUUGCCUGCCAGAUCUGUGGGCAGAGGUUCAACCGAAACGGGCACCUCAAGUUCCACAUGCAACGUUUGCACAGCUCAGAGGGCGCUCGGCCGGGGCCGCCGGCAGCCGCUGCCCAGCAGACCAUCAUCCUGAACAGUGAUGAGGACACGCUGGCCACCCUGCAGACAGCUCUGCAGUCAGGCCAGGCAGUGCUGGCUCCUGAGAGGCUGCAGCAGGCCCUGGGGCAGGAGCACAUCAUUGUGGCCCAGGAGCAGAGUGUCACCAGCCAGGAGGAGGCUGCAUACAUCCAGGAGAUCACAACGGCCGAUGGGCAGACAGUGCAGCACUUAGUGACCUCAGACAACCAGGUUCAGUACAUCAUUGCCCAGGACUCCGUACAGCACUUGCUUCCCCACGAGUACGUUGUUGUCCCAGAGGGACAUCACAUCCAGGUCCAGGAUGGGCAAAUCACCCACAUCCAGUAUGAGCAGGGCAGCCAGUUCCUCCAGGAGCCACAGAUCCAAUACAUGCCUGUCUCGCCAGAGCAGCAGCUCGUCACCCAGGCACAGCUGGAGGCAGCAGCACACUCUGCAGUCUCAGCGGUGGCCGACGCGGCGAUGGCGCAGGCGCAGGGGCUGUUCACGGCCGAGGCCGUGGCCGAGCAGCUGCAGGAGGGCAUUCACUACGACGUCAUCACGCUGGGAGAAUAGCGGCGCCAGGCCCGGCGGGCACCGGGACGCCGCGCCCAGCGGGGCGGG